CAAUCACACAUAUAUCUCUGUUGUUUGCCACUGCUAACUCAAUUCAACAUCAAAUAAUCAUGUCGAAACAACCGCCAAAUCAACCACAAGUUCCUGAUGGUUGGCUCGCAAAGUUUGAUGAUAAAUACAAAACCUGGUUCUACGUGGACUUAAAUACCAAGAAAUCGCAAUGGGAGGCUCCCAGUGGAACAACAUUUCCAUCUGAAGCAACAGAUGUACCUCCUCCUUCAUACAGCCCCAAUGCUUCCAAAGUACAAGGCACCGGUUCUGCUCCCACCAGAGACCAGUCCGGCUACGCUCAACAAGGAAACGGAGGUUAUGCUCAACAAGGUUACGGAGGAUACCCUCAACAAGGUUAUGGGGCUCAACAAGGUUAUGGGGCUCAACAGGCAUAUGGGGCUCAACAAGGUUAUGGGGCUCAACAAGGAUACGGAGGAUACCCUCCUCAACAAGGGUACUACCAACAACCAGUUCAACAAGGCCGGUCCAGUCGUAUGGGUGGAAUGGGUGGAAUGGGUGGAAUGGCUCUAGGUAUGGGAGGAGGUUUACUCGGAGGUAUGUUAAUUGGAGACAUGAUCAGUGACUCGCAGAACCAGUCGUACGCCGAAGGGUACAACGAUGGGCAAGAUGGUGGUGACUUUGGCGGUGGUGACUUUGGAGGUGGUGACUUUUGAUGAUAUGGGAAGAGAAGUGUGCCCAGUGAACAGGCUGCCGCUAUUGUUUGCUUGUUGACAUAUUUUCACUAUUCUAGUUUCCUCUUGAGUCUGUCUUUCCAAUGUGUUUGUCCCAUAUCUGUUGUAUCUGUUAUUACGGGGGACGCCUUUUUAUUGUGCACGUGCUAUUGCCUGUGUUGGUUAUUGUUAAAACCUGUGUUGAUCAUAUGUUACUGCUCCUGACACAUUUGUGAUCCUCGUAUCUUUAGUCUAUUUGUUAUAUCUAGGCUAUUUGCCCUAUCGUCUCUAGUCUACAUCUAUCAAUAUCACAACUGCG